UCACGGGAGCAAGCUACAUGUUAGCUUUAGCUCUGACUCCUAAAAUCAACAGGUUAGUGGUUGAGCGGACCACUGUGGUUAGUGCUAGUUCAAAGGCUUGUGUAAACUAGGCUAGCAUCAUGCCGGUGCAGGCUUCGUAACAUUAUUCCCGUGUAACGUCACAGCCACCUCAACUUUUCUGACGUUUGCUAAUUAGCAAUAGGUAAGCAAAGCUAAGUUUGGUUUCACCGAAGUUAGCGUUAGCUAACUACUCCUGCACGUUUGUGAAAGGAGCAAAACAAGUAUCUUUGGAUAAAUUGACCUUUACAAACUCUCCCCUGUUUUAGCGCUGUAGCGAUAAUCUCCUCAGUGUAACAAAUCCGGUUUAAAUGUGGCGCUAUGGUAUCAUUUGUGAAUUGACGACGUGGGAGGCGCAGCACGGAGCCAACUGAAGGGAUGGGAGAGCCACCUGCGGUGAUCCUCCAGCAACCGAUGAGUGGCAGGUAGUGACGGUGCAAAAAACAAUGCCGUGCUGCUGCUGCAUACAAUGAAGAAGAUAUUCAGCUUCACCAAGAAGAAAAAACACUCGUCUGGUACCCCUGACAGUGGGAGCGUGCUUUCCCUUGGAUAUGACCUGAAAGAAAAGGACCUCGGGAAGGUUCACAAGGCCGCCUCAGUGGGCGAUGUGGCAAAGUUGAGGCAGCUUGCUAAAAAGAAUGACAUCAAUCAACUUGACAAGGAGAACAGAACUGCUCUUCAUAUUGCCUGUGCCAGUGGACAUGUGGAUGUGGUGCAGUUCCUCGUUGAAAGCAAAGCCAAGCUUAACCUAUGUGACAAUCAGAAUAGAUCUGCCUUAAUGAAGGCAGUGCAGGGUCAGCAUGAGCGAUGUUUGAGCUUACUGCUGGAGAAUCAUGCUGACCCUAACCUGGUGGACAUCAAUAGCAAUACAGCUCUACACUUGGCAGCAAACAUCCCAUCCCUAUCUAUUGCUAUCCUGCUGCUACAGCAUGAGGCUAACAUCAAUGCCACGAACAAGGAGGGAUUUACACCCCUGACUGUGGCUGUCCGUGAGGACCAUAUUGAGAUGGCUGAAUUUCUCCUCAAGGAGACUGCUGAUGUGAAUUGUAUGGACCAAGGCCAAAGGUCUCCAUUAAUGAUUGCUGCUGGCAAUGGACAAAUCGGUAUGUUGCGGCUACUUUUGCGGUUUAACCCAGAUGUAACGCUAAAGGAUUCCAAAGGAUGGUCAGCUGAUGACUACGCAGUAAUGAACGGACAUCAUCCGUGUUCCCUCCUGAUCAUCGAGCACGGCACUCAGAGAACCUGUGGGCCCUCCCUGUCACAUCAAGGCCCAAGUAAAAAGAAGAAAAAAAUGCUGCCGGGCAGUCCUUUCCAUGAUGUUGAAGCAGGCUUCUCUUUGGGAGGACCAGCCACUGACAAAGACGAGCAUGGAGCAAAUCAAGCAGGGGGAGACUUUGAAGAAAAUUCUCAAUCAGAGUCACUAAGUCGGGUUUCAAAAAGUGGCACUGAUGAAUGGCCUUCGUCUGAAGAUGAUGAUGAUGAUGAUGAAUUGAUUUUAAACAAAAAGAAACCACAGAAAGUGAACCUAAGUAAAAUGAUUGCAUCUAAAAAAGGAGAAGCUCCAGCACUGGCUGACAGAUCCUUGAGCUGUACAGAAUCUGAACCAGAGUGUGAAAGUAGAGUCCAGAGAAUCCCGUCCUUUGAACAGACUUUGACAUCCAGGAACGCUCUUCAGCAACCAGUAGAUCCUGCUCCCAUUUCCUUCCUUGCUAAACCACCCCAGAUGACUUCCACCCCACUUCCUAGCUCCCGAGAGAGAGAAGAUUCCACUGAGGACGAUGAUGAUGACGAUGUUGAUGAUGACGACGAUGACAAUGAGCUAGCACGAGAUGAGGAAGAGGAAGGAGAAAUCUUGGAUGAAAAUGAUCAGCCUGCAGAGAGUGGAGAGUCACUUGAUGCCACUUCAAGUGUUCCUGAGACAGAAGUCUCCAAAGAUAAGAAAAGAGAUUUCUUGUCUGAGCUGGGUCUAGAGAAGGGAGAGGAAGAGCAAUAUUCUUGGGACUCUGAGUCCCAUUGUGAAAAUCCUGGUAUGCCAGAAAAACAAUCCACACACACUCAGGAUCAAGAGGAGGCGCCUGUUGCUGAACAAGUGACUAAAGACUUGUUUUAUAUUCCCUCUUUUUUAAGAGGAGAAGGAGGCAAUAAGACGGCAGUUCUAGUGCCUCGGAGGAGUGUAGACAGGCCAAGAGGCAGCCAGGGACAGGUUGGAAAUGGUGAUAAUAAAAUGGAACCUAAUGCUAAAGAUGACACUCCACAGAAAGUGACUGAGAAGGCAACAUGGGAGACACUUCGUGUUUUGAACAAACUUACAGAGGACACUGACCAAAAGAGAGACCUAAUGGAGGAACUUGGUCUGGGAAAUGUCGACGAUCUUGAAGAUGCAUCGGAUUGGGACUCAGCCAGUACAACCAGUAAAAGAACACUGCCUGGCCGCAAAAUGGCCUCCCCUGGACUCGAUGAGUUUCCAGAAAGCCCCACUUCAUCUGUUAAGAGACAGGAUGAAGAUGCUUCACCUGCAACACCCUUGACACCGCAGAGGAGCAUCAACUCUGACACGAGAUUGCCGAGCACAUCCCCACAAAUCUUACCUCAACCUCAACCUCGAGCGAGAAAGAUGGUUCUUCAGAAACCAGAGGGUGAAGAAGAAUCAGAUUGGGAACCAGAUAAUUUACCAUCCGCCUCUAGUUCAACCAAAUUUGACAAUCAGCUGCAAAACACAGCUGAGCUUCAGGUCGUGACUAUACAAGGUUUUCCUGAGCUCUCGUCAAUGGCAAAAGGCAGUAAAAGUAACAGCCAACCAGACGAGCCUCUGAAUAAGAAGAAAGAUGAUGCAGGAGAUACAUGUGAAGUAGAUCUAAAUGAUCCACAGCCAUAUGGCCUUGUGGGGACUCACAGAGGAGAACAAUGUAGAGAUCAACACAGUUCUGAAGAGCAGGCUCAAAAUAAUGACGACAUCCCGUGGGAGAAACGUUACGAGAAGCUCUGGGUGGAGGUGGAGAAACAGGAAGUAAAAUCCACAUUCAAGAAUGUUGCUGGGGAAUUGAAAGAGAAGUUUGGAGAGCUGCUUAAGUCACGUUGUUCAGCAGAAGAUGUUGCAGAAGAUAAACAGGCUACAGCUGAAUCUACAUCUUCAGAAGACGCAUCAAGUGAUGAGGAGGGCGACAUCAUUGUGCGUCCCACAGCUAGAGCAAGGAGUACUGUCCUCCUCACCAUACCUGAGCAGAGGGAGUCUGGGCUGGAAGACUCUCUGACAGAGUCAGCUGACAACUCUGUGUGUGAUGACAGGGUGCAGGUCACUCAGGUCACUCAGCCACCCGCCAAUCAUGGCAUCACACAUCAAAAACAAGGUCUUACUGAUGAUCUGGAGAAGUGCAGGUCUCCUUCACCAAACUUCUCCACUCCCAAAGAUCAUGCCAGCACAACUUUUACUGACAGUCCCAUCAUACCCACCUCUGAUGUUGAUUCUAGUUCAUUAAAAGACAACACCAAACUUGGGUUGUUCCACCAGCAACAGACGGACAACCAAAUUGCUGCUCAAUAUGAAGCUGAGAUGUCCAAUGCAAGUUCAGAGGAGGAUCCUGGGGAGGCCACCAAGUCUUGCCCCCGCAUUCCAAGCAGAUAUGUGACAUCUAUCCCAGGAGUUUCUGAUGAGGAGCUUGAAGAGGACAUGGAAAGGUUUAAACUUGAGGUAGGGAUGCUGAAGCGUGUCUUCCUGGAUUUGGAGAAAGAAAAGGCCCAGCUACAGAAAGAGAUUAUAUAUGACAAAGUGUACAAGUACACGCACAAAUUGCAUUGUAAAAUAGGCUGGCCCCAACUUGUUUCAGUGAGGAUGAACAUUACAAGUUCAGCUGUCAAAUGUUUGCCUCUGUUUUUCCAGGUUGGCAAAGAGGUGACACAGACUUCUGUGGAGGUACAAAAAUCCAGUGCUUCCUGGGAUUCUGGUGGAAGGACAUUGGAGAAAGCUGGUACUGAGAAACUUGAGAGCAGGAUAGGAUGCGUGUCGAGCCCAGCUGGAGCAAUUCACCAGGAACAGCAGCCUGCAGACACCAAAAGCACCAAUGGGGCACCAGUGUUCUUGCAUCUCCCACUCCAGCAGAGCCACAGUAACAACAAACUGGAGGGACAAACUGUAGAGACCGUAAAGCUGGAGCUGGUCAGAGGGGCCCGGCGCCGCAGAGCCCCUCAGACUAACACCCAUGUUAAUGGAGACCCUCUCUCUGUGUUUGACGAUAGCACUUUAAGUGAUUUGUCGGACGAUGAAGGAAGGUUUCCAAACAGUGGACAACAGAAAAAUGAGGGCCAGGAGGAAGCGGAGUUUGCAGAAGACUUUGAUGAACUGACUCAGUCUUCAGACACAGCCACAGAUGACAUAGACUCUCCCACUUCAGGCUAUCGACAUGCAUCUGUCCUCAUUCAGAAGCUGGACUCGGCUACUUUAGAUUCCAGGAGCAUGGUGAAGCUCCAGAACAUUUUUCAUGAAUAUGAGCGCUCCAUCCAAAAAGCAAGGAGUCGCCAUGGGUACCUGACCGACAAGGUGAGCCAGCUGGAAGUGGAGAGAGCAGAGCUGAAAAGCUCUCUCGAGGAAGUUAAAGAUGUUAAGUCUGCCUUGGAGCGCAACCAGCUGGAAUUGCAAACUGAAGUCACGAACCUCAAAUUUCAGCUCAGACAAGAGCAGGAAAACCGUCGCAAUGCUACCAUGAUGUACAACACCAUCAAAGAUAAGCUGAGGAAGAUAGAGGAGCAGCAUCAGAUAGAGGUUCAGGAGAAACAGAAGGUGGAGCUCACUCUCAGGAACGUGGAGCUGGAGAUGAGGACACUGGUCAACAACAUAAAGCAGCUUGAAGAGGAUCACAGUGAAACCCAGAGACUGCUGGCUCAGGAACGCAGUGCAAGGACGCUGCAGGAGAAUCUGCUCAGCAGUCAUCUCCGUAAGCAGCAGGAGAUGGAGGAUGAGAACAAGAGGAAUAAAAGCAAGAGCUAUGAGGCAUUAUCUCAGCUCACUGAGGCCAGUGACAGAGAGAGGGAGUUGCUACAACAGACUGCUGCCUUACAGGAACAGCUGACCAUCCUCAGGGCAGACCUAGAGCGUUCGCAGGCCAACAGCAGUCUCAAAGAGAGCCACAUUGUGGAGGAGAACGAAGUCCUCAAGGAGCAGCUAGAAGAUGUCCGGCGAGAUCUCAAACUCAACAGCGAAACAUUCACCCAAACUAUCUUCAACUGCAACAACCAGAUGACCACGCUAAAGUCUGAGUUAGCUAUGACGACAACCCGCCUGGAAAAUGAGCGUCAGACUCGUGAAACACUGGAGGUGGAGGUGGAAUCUACUCGUACCCGCCUGGCUGGAGCAGUAAUGGAGGCUGAGCGCUGUCUGGCAGCUCACGCAGACGCAGAGAAAGCUCUGCUCCGGGAGAAAGAGGAACAUCAACGUCUGAAAGACAGAUCCACAGGUGAAGCAACUAGUCAGCGUGAGACAGUCAGCAGUCUGUCCCAGAAGCUGGCCAAAGCAGAAGCUAGUGUAAACAGUAUGGAGAAUGAAGUUCAUCGUGUCACCCUGCAACUGACAGAGAAGGGCCUUUUGCUGGAUGUGCUCCAGCGUGAGAAGGACCAGGCAGCUGCACAUGCCAAAGAGCUGGAAACCGCUCUACAUGCCGAGAGGGAGCAGGUCAGCCGUGCCAAAGCUCGUCAAGAGGCCUCCCAGGAGCGACUAGCCCAAGCCCAAAGUGAGGUUAUGUUAUUACGGCAACAGCUCGAGGAGUCGCAGAACAAAGGUGUUGCAAAGGAGCGAGCUGUGACGGAUGCCCAAGAGCGCUUUAGCGACAUCUUGUCCAAGCUGCGCUCUGACUCUGAAGAGAGGGUACAGCUCGUGGACGAGAGAAAUAAGGAGCUUGCCAGUAAGGCUGCUGACCUCCGAGAUCAGAUCUACAGGUUGGAGGAAGAGAAGAAUGAAAGAGAGACUAACCUAAGGCAGCUUCAGCAGGAGCUAGCUGAUUCUCUUAAAAAGCUGUCAAUGAGUGAAGCCUCUCUGGAGGUCAACACACGCUAUCGCAGUGACCUGGAGGAGGAGAAGACUCGGCUCCUCAAAGACAUGGACAGGCUUAAAGGAAAGCUGGAGGAAAGUGAAGACAACUAUGUGCAGGCUGAAAGACGAAUUAACGGUCUAAAGAGCAGUCUGGAUGAUCGGGAAAAGGAACUCACCACUGCUGCUCAGAAACUCCAGGAGGCGCUGUCAGCCUCAGCUGCAACAGACACCACCAUCAAACAGCUGGAGGAUGCUGUGCAGAGGCUCGAGAUCGAGAAUGCCAGGCUGGAAGCAGCUGCAAAACAACAGUCCAACAAAAUUGAGUCACUUCAGAAAGGAGCUCAGGAAGCUGCGAUGCUGUCUGACUGCUCACCUGGAGGCGGGGUCAGAGGUCAUUUGGAGGACUUGGUCACAAACCUCCAAAGCAGUAAGAUGAGUUUAGAAGACCAACUAAGUAGAGAGGUCCAGAAGCACAACGUUUUGUCUCACACAGCUCAGGACUCUCAGGCCUUGUGGGAGGAGGAGCUUAGGAGUCGCUCUAAGUUAGGUCUGCGCUUUGCAGAGCUUGAAAAGGAAAAAGGAGAACUGAACACUCAGGUGGAAAUUGAAAAGAAGAAAGCCAAGAAAAUAGCGGAGCAGAAAAAAUCUGUAGACGCUCGCCUGGAUCAGGAGAUGAAGAGAAAUACUGACCUUCAAAAAGAAAUGUACAGGCUGCGAACUCUACUGAAGAAUGCCAAGAAGAAACUGCGUGAUCAGGAUGCUGGUGGAGCGGAGUUUGGCUCUCCAAUGAGCAGUCUGCGGAUGGACAUGGGCAGACACAGUCGGGCUGAAGGCGGCUUAGGGAGAAUGAGAGAAAAGGUGGAUGACCUGCAGGUGCAGCUGGAGAAGGAAGUGUCUCGCUGCAGCCAGCUAGAGAAGACCAACAGGGACCUCAAGGAUCAGCUGGCCUCACUGAAGAGCUUCAGCCACAGUAGUGACCAGUUGGAGAAGAGUAAGAGGCAGCUGGAGGAGGAGGUGUUGGACCUGAGACGCAGGAUUGAGGGUGCUCAGAUGGAGCAGAGCCAGGCUGAGCAGUAUCGUCGUGAAAUAGAGGAGAAAGCCAGACAAGAGAUACAACAGAAACUGGAGCAGGUCAACCUCUUCCUACAGUCCCAAGCAGCUUCUCAAGAAUCACUGGAUCAGUUAAAAGCAGCAAAUGAGGCUAACCUGCGCUCUCAACUGGAGCAGAAGAUCCGGGAGCUGGACGCAGAACUGGGCCGGUCCCGCACCACACAGCUAGACAGCCUUAACCAAAGAGACUCCACGCGCACCGAGCUGGAGCGAUAUCGGCAGCUUUACACAGAGGAGCUGCGCCUGCGCAAGUCACUGGCUGCCAAACUGGACAGGGCCAACACUCGUCUUGCAGAAGCCAAUUCCAAGUUGCUCAACGAGCGCAGCAGGUCUUUUAUCACCAGCAGCAUUGCGAACGGUAGCCUCGGAAGUACCUCGCUGGACGUGGGCGCCUUGGCUUCAUCGGGAAAUUUGGGGGUCUCGCUCAACAGAAGCCUGGGCUUGGGCCUCUCCCUUCUCAACCCUGUAACUGAGGGGCAGAACAGCAGAGUGGAGGACUAUCUGGCAAAGAUGCAGAGUGAGCUGGAUAGAAACAUAUCUAAAGAAUUAGACAAUGCCACAGCAGAGCUGGACGCUGCUUCUGCACGUCUCUCUCCGGUGGGCUCGGUCUCCAGGGUGGAGCUGGACCCCGUCAGCAGGGCGACGCAGCAGUACUUGGAGGUACUGAAGAAGAACAAUAUGAUCUGACUGACGACACACAUCACUGCUGCUCCUAUAAUACUCCAUUUUCUAUUUCAGCCAUUAAAGCUUCAUAUUUUUUAGGCCAGAACCACAGGAUAAUUUUGUACGCAUUUACUUUAGACUCUAUGAAAGAAAAAUAAUGCACAAUGCACUUAACCACUCAGGAACAAAGGGCACGAGUCAUAUUAUAAUAAUAAUAAUGAUGAUAAUAUGUUGCAUUAUCGAUGGGUACAAUUAGACAGAACCUUGAAAGUAUUUGUUCCUUCUCGCUAAAUCUGUUAAAUCCGAAACUGUUUUGUUUCUAUUGUUGGAAUAUAUACUGUAUAUACAGAAUCACACGAUGGAGUUUUUGUUUGUGAAUAUUGGUAUAUUAAUAAGUAUUUGGCGUAUGUAUCUUUUAUAAUUUUUUUUGCCAAGAUUUGACAUUAGGUCUGUGGUUGUUCUUUAUCAGACUUAUUGUUACAAUGAUUAUUUUAUUUUAUUUAUUCUUUUGUUGUUGUUGUUGUUUUUAAAUGACUGUAAUAUACUUGAACGAGACGAGCUGGAUUACUCUCUGGCAGAUGAAACAGGAUGGCUUACUGUGCUUGCUUUUUAGGGCCACCAAAUCCAAGUACACUUGUUUUCAUAUCGUAAAUAUUGUAAUAAAGCAGGAGAAAACCUUUAUGACGCUUGUACACUACAGAAGACUCUAAAACUGUAAAUAAACGUGUAGAAAACGA